AUGGCUGAAGCACCAACAUCUGAAUCAAUUGCCCUGGGGCAGCAAAAACAAACUGAUGCCCAAGAGACUCCUCUUCAGAAAACUGAGUCCAGCUCACUCAAACCAUCAUGGAGAGAGAUGACAGUGUCUUUCAUAAUGAGGACCAAAGUCCAUGGUUUGAAGUUUAUCUUCUCUCCAGACAAGUCCAAACCACAGCGGGUCAUCUGGAUCAUGGCCUUUUUUGUUUGCGUAAGUCUUCUGUGCACCUGGUCGUGGAACCGAAUCCUCUACCUGAUGUCCUACCCGGCUGUCACAAAGAUCUAUAUGGUUUGGGCUCACAACAUGUCCUUCCCAGCUGUGACUUUCUGCAACAAAAACGUGUUCCGUGUAUCCACUCUGACCAAGGAUGACCUGUACCACAGCGGCUACUGGAUGGACCUCCUGUAUCCCAAUCACACUGUCAUGGAGAAGAGCCUGUCCAUACUCAAAGACAGCCACAAACAGGGUCUCCUCAGUCUGCUUGACUUCAACAACUACAGUCCACACCCCAACUACCGCAUCAACACCACCGAGAUGAUGGGGCGCCUUGGCCACCAGCUUGAGGAAAUGCUGCUGGAGUGCAGGUUCCGCGGGGAAGUCUGCACCCACAAAAACUUCAGCACUAUUUACACACGCUACGGAAAAUGCUACACAUUCAACUCGGGAUUAGACGGAAACCCUUUAUUGACCACGUUAAAGGGAGGCACAGGAAACGGCUUGGAGAUCAUGUUGGAUAUUCAACAGGAUGAAUAUUUGCCUGUUUGGGGAGAGACAGAUGAGACCUCCUACGAAGCAGGCAUCAAGGUUCAGAUCCACAGCCAGGACGAGCCGCCCUUCAUUGACCAACUGGGAUUUGGUGUGGCCCCUGGUUUUCAAACUUUUGUGUCAUGUCAGCAGCAACUGCUUCAGUACCUCCCUCCGCCUUGGGGAGAUUGCAAGUCUACGCCCAUAGACUCUGAAUACUUCUCCACGUACAGCAUCACCGCCUGCCGCAUCGACUGUGAGACCCGAUACCUGCUGGAGAACUGUAACUGCAGGAUGGUUCACAUGCCUGGAACCUCCACAGUUUGCACACCAGAGCAGUACAAAGACUGUGCUGACCCUGCUUUAGACUUUUUGGUAGAGAAAGACAACGAUUACUGUGUCUGUCAGACCCCCUGCAACAUGACUCGCUAUGGCAAGGAGCUGUCCAUGGUUAAGAUCCCCAGUAAGGCAUCUGCUAAAUAUCUGGCUAAGAAAUUCAACAAAACUGAGCAAUAUAUCGGAGAAAAUAUCUUGGUCCUGGACAUCUUCUUUGAAGCUCUGAAUUAUGAGAAAAUUGAGCAGAAGAAGGCCUAUGAAAUUGCAGGGCUCCUCGGUGACAUCGGCGGUCAGAUGGGGCUGUUUAUCGGAGCCAGUGUUUUAACAAUACUGGAAAUAUUCGACUACCUGUAUGAGGUGUUUAAGGAUAAGGUUUUGGGUUACUUCAUACGCAAGAAACGGCCGCAGCGUUGUCAGAGCGACAAUCUGUCCAUUGUCAUUUCUCCUUAUAAUCACCCGGACAAUAAAGAGUUUCCAGAGAACCCAACCAGCCCUGGUGUCACGCCUAAUCAUGCCCCCAGAGCACCUGUGACACCCUCCGGAGUCACUCGGACAGUCUCGGAUUCACGCCGAACAUGUUACCUCGUCACCCGACUUUAGGCAACUUUGAGGAGUUUGCCUGUUGACGACAUAACGUAGGGGUUGUGGGCGGGUGGGUAAGGGUGGCACAUCCGGGGA